UAAACACAUUUAAAUUUUAUAAUUAAAAAUCAAUUUUAAUCAUGUCGAUUGGAAUCAAAACUAAAAGUGUUUCGGUCGAAGAUUUAGGAAGCAUCGUGAAGCAAAUGAUCAAUGGAGCACUUGAAAAUACUGAAUACAUCUUCAUUGAAUAUACUAAGCAACGAAUCAACUUUAAAACACGCACUUAAUUUGCCAUCAUCUAAAAUUACAAUUAAUAAUUAUAUGAAAAAAAAUGAAAAAUUGAGAAACGAAUCGAGCAGAGAAUGCAAAGCAAAAUCACACUUCAAAUAUAAAUCCAAAAGUGAUUCCAUAUUAAAUAAUAUUAAAAAAAAUAAAUAUACUAAUUUAAAAACUCGCGUACAAACUCGUUCGUUAACUACUAGUAACAUUAUUGGAUUUAAUAAAUUCAAUUCUCAAAUUCCAAUUAAUCAAAUAAAACAAAAAAAUCAUGCCAUUGAACAUCAAAAUAUCGUUCUAUCUAAUGACACAAAAGUUAAGACAGAAAAAACAUACUCGAACAAGAACACAAAAUAUGAUCUAAUUCAGAACGAUGAUAAAACAGAGGAUAAAAAAAUGAAACGUGAAAAUAAAAAUAGCUUAGCAUUUGAGAAUUGGAAAAAGCAAAAAAAUAUUAAGUAUAAACAAAUGAUCAAACAAGAACAGAAGGAGAAACAGCAACAAUUACAAGCUAAACUAGCUGAGAUGGAAUCAAAGAAACUUGCUCAGAUGUAUAUUCGUAUGAAGAAACAACAGAAAACGCAAGAGAGACAAAAAUUAUCUAAGGAAUUACGAAUUAUUCAACAAAUGAAUCUUAAAUCAUAUCAAAAACAAAUGGAAAUGAAACGUAUCAUAAAUGAUAAAGUUUUCAAAGAAUGGAAAAGACGAAAAGAUAUGAAACUGAGAGAGCAAAAAAUUAUAAAUCGACAAUAUGCUAAUUAUUAUUACCAACUACAACAACAACAACAACAACAGCAACAACAACAACAACAACAACAACAACAACAGCAACAGCAACAACAGCAGCAACAACAAUGCCAACAACAACAAUACCAACAACAAUCUGGACAUUCUUUGCAUAGCAUUGAUACAAAUUUUAAUUCCUGGUUGAAUCAAUUAGAUUGGGUCUUACACGAAAAAUAUUUACGUGAAAGGCGUUAUCUCGUACGUUCUUUUUACUGUCAACCAGCUUAUUAUGGUAAUGCAGCUGAUAUCGCAUAUGCUAAUUAUUCAUAAUUAUAUAUACUAUUAUAUAUUUUUAUAUAAUGUAU